AUGAUAGGAAAUGAUUCAUACCACAUUGUAAUUGACAAUAAGCUAGACCAAACUUCGGCUGACGACUAUAGAGCAUCGAGCAUGGAAGUGACAGAAAUCGGAAUAAAUGCAGCAGCCAGCUUGAGGACAGCCGCCAAUAUCAUCGAACCCAUUCGCGCGAAGCAGAUUGGGAAAGGAGUCAUACGGCUAUACCGAGAGUUUGAAGAAGAAGAACAGGGAGAAGCAGCAAACAAUAUCCGUGGCUCGUCGUCGUCGUCGUCAUCGAAGCAAGUGGUGACAAAACCUGGAGACGACUCCAUGCUCGCGAUACUUGCAAUUCCCACCUAUUUCACAGCAACAGAUCUACUAGGUUUCAUAGGAGAAAAAUACACCCAUGGCAUUUCCCACCUUCGCAUACUCAAAAGCGAAAAGCCCAAUAGGUUCUUGGUUUUGAUGAAGUUCCGUGAUAUCAUGAAGGCUGCAGAGUUCCAAUACCAUUUUGACGGCAAGAGCUUCAAUUCGAUGGAGCCGGAAACAUGCCAUGUCGUGUAUGUCAAAUCUGUGCAGUUGCACUAUCCCACGCAAAAUGAAGAAAUACGACUGUUGAUUCCGUUUUUGCUUCAAGACCCAUUCACCUCGCCGCCUCAAGAUGCAAGCGAGCCCAUUGAAAAGCAGCUCCAAAGAGUAACCACCAAUUCCACCAUUGAGUUGCCCACUUGUCCCGUUUGUCUUGAAAAAAUGGAUGCAACCAUCACCGGGUUGCUCACCAUCCCCUGCCAGCACACGUUCCACUGCCAGUGUCUAUCUAAAUGGAGAGACGACUCUUGUCCCAUUUGCAGGUACUCCCUCAACCCCGCGAGCGCGCGAGAUCUAAAAUUGGUCACGGGACGUUUCCGGAGACUCAGUAGAGGCGGCGAUGGUUCAGCGACUGCAGCUACGUUGCUCCUGCAACCACAACAACAGCAAGAAGAAGAAGAAGAAGAAGAAGAAGAAGAAGAAGAAGAAGAAUCUGAAAGCUGUGUCGACUGCGAGGUAAACUCGAAUCUAUGGAUCUGUUUAGUUUGCGGAAAUGUCGGUUGCGGCAGAUAUGCGCCAGAGCAACAUUCUUUAAAACAUUUCAUAACCACAGGACAUUGCUUUGCCAUGGAGGUCUCGACAAGCCGCGUGUGGGAUUAUGCAGGAGACAACUACGUGCAUCGAUUAGUCACUAAUGAAUCGGAUGGAAAACUAGUGGAGCUCCCGGACAAGGAGCAAUCUGCUGAUCUGAAGAGGCGCGACAACGAAGGAGAUAAGAUUGACGCAGUAGGAUUCGAGUACUCGCAAUUGUUGAUCAGCCAGUUGGCGAGCCAGCGCGAGUACUACGAGGAGCUUUUGUAUCAUCGGGAGAUCCAGAGCUCCGCUGCCAAACUGCGAGACCACAGUCUCAACAACGUCUCCAGCGCAGAUCUGGACGCAGUGGCAGAUUUGAGAACUCAGAUUGAAGAUUUGACUACGGAAGUAGCUGAUCUUACCACCAGUGCCAUCCCCGCACUCAAGGAGAAAAUCCAACAAAAAGAAGCGAGAUUAGGCGCAGUUGCAAGGGAACUCGCUACUUGCAACAGUUUAAAUGAGGCAUUUUCCAAGAAAAUUGAGCACUUGUCAAACACAAACGCCGAGCUUAGGCAAAUAAUUGGAGAGUUGAACAAGGAGAAAGACGAAUUGAAAGAACAAGUAACGGACUUAAUGUUCUUUUUGGAUAGCAGUGAAAAAUUCAAGCAUGAACUGGAAGAUGUACGGCAAGGCACAGUUGUUAUCCAAGAGCCUCCCAAGUCCACAUCCACAUCGAAGAAAAAGAAAAAGCAGAAGAAAUAA